AUGUUCAAUGAGCACGAUGCCCAGAUGGACUACUACGGGACUCGGCUCGCCACCUGUUCUUCUGACCGCACCGUCAAGAUCUUUGACGUCAGAAACGGAGGGCAGAUCCUUGUGGCAGACCUCAGAGGCCACGAGGGUCCCGUGUGGCAGGUAGCGUGGGCUCAUCCAAUGUUCGGCAACAUCCUGGCUUCCUGUUCCUACGACCGAAAAGUCAUUAUUUGGAAAGAAGAGAACGGAUCCUGGGACAAGAUGUACGAGUACACCGGACACGAGUCGUCAGUGAACUCAGUCUGCUGGGGUCCAUAUGAGUUUGGUCUAAUCCUGGCCUGUGGCAGUUCAGACGGAGCAAUUUCCCUUCUCACGUUUACUGGAGAUCAGCAGUGGGACGUCAAGAAGAUCAGCAAUGCUCACACUAUUGGCUGCAACGCUGUAAGCUGGGCUCCCGCUAUAGUUCCAGGCAGCUUGAUUGAUCAGCCAUCGGGACAGAAGCCAAACUACGUCAAGCGCUUCGUCUCCGGAGGCUGCGACAACCUGGUCAAACUCUGGAAAGAGGAGGAUGGGCAGUGGAAGGAGGAUCAGAAGCUGGAGGCUCACAGUGAUUGGGUGAGAGAUGUUGGCUGGGCUCCAUCUAUUGGUCUUCCCACCAGCACCAUUGCCAGCUGUUCUCAGGAUGGACGAGUAUUUAUCUGGACGUGUGACGACCCUGCAGGCAACACCUGGACGGCCAAACUGCUCCACAAGUUCAACGAUGUGGUGUGGCACGUCAGCUGGUCGAUCACUGGAAAUAUACUGGCCGUUUCAGGAGGAGACAACAAGGUAACGCUGUGGAAGGAGUCGAUGGAUGGUCAGUGGGCGUGUAUCAGUGAUGUCAGCAAAGGCCAGGGCGCAGUCUCCACCAUCACAGACACACAGCAGAAUGAGCAGUGACCCUCGAAUUAAAACACACACACCCAUUCCGUGACCCCUGACCCUUCGAUGAUGACCCUCAGCCUUCAGAGAUGAAAGAAUAAACAUGCUGGACAUUUGGACUGAAAACAAGACGCCCACAGUGAUGAAGCCUGGUCUAUAAUCUGAGUUUUAGGCUUCAGCAUGAGUUGGGUGCCUGCUGAAAAUCAACAAGGAGAAUUUAUUAGAGGGAAAGAAACUAUUACAACUCAAAGAAUCAUCGCUCUCUGUAUUUUUACUUUAACGUUUAGAAAUCCGGACACAACUUUGUUUGUUUUGUCUUUAGCUUCAUCAAAGUUUAGUUCUUCCUGCUCUGCUCCAGAAAUAUUCCACCUCCACUGCUGGAGAACAAAAUUACCAUCACCCUUAAUGCUCCCAGCAUCCUCAGGGGCUGACUUUGUCCUGACUUUCAACACUUUAUUCUAAUUACUAGUUCACUCAAAUUGGCUUUGAGUGAA